GGCCUUCUCUGGAGAACACAGUGGCCGGUGAACAUCCCAGCAGCAUAUAUUUCACCUUCGUGAAGCUGGGCCAGCCGGGACAUCAGCUCCUCCAAUAAUGCUUACACUUAUGGCAAUUAACCAGCCUACAGUUGGAAACCCCAUACCUCGAGAUUCAAAGCUAAUACAUCUAGCUAUGAGAUCAUCUAGCUGUGAGAUCAUGGCCGUUAAUGGAAAUCCCAAUGGAAGGCUUCUAGAUGCAAAGCUCACACUCCGCACCCUUUGUCAUCAUCUAAACCAGUGGGAAUCGUUGCAAGAUGUGGUUAUAGCAAACCCCAACCUCCGUUUACCAUGGAUCUUAGAGGAAAAUCAGAUUCUCCUAAUUUUUGAUGCGGAACCAUCGGAAAAGAGUUGGAGCUUAUUCCUGCCUGUACAAGUCAGUGCCUUGCAACGAAAGGCAAAAAGUGUUCUUCGCUGGGUAUCUUCUUCUAUCUAUACUCUUGUAGCAAAAUGGAAAACUAGCCCUGCAUCAUUGCCCCAAAAACAAACUCAACCUCGAAAACGAAAACGAAAAUACCAACAACACGACAUUCCAAUGGUUAUUUCAGCAGAAAGGAGGCGAUUCAAAGACCGUCUCCCGUGCAACGCGAUUCCAAUUACCUCGCCAUUACCAUAGUACAGAUUGCGAGUUUGGAGGUCCCUGCCCUCGAACAUCUCGGAUAUUUCGACCGAAAUACCCAGGCUUUCUCUCACGCUGACAGUGCGAUGUGCCUCCUCGUCCAAGCAGGCACAGAAGAGGGAACUUUCAAAGGGGUAGGCUUGGCACAGAUUUCAAACUUCGAGUAUUGUGAUUCAUUGCCAUGGGAAAUGCGUACUAUCUAUCGUAUUGGUUUGAGAUAUUUUCCAUGCUAUCAUUCAGCAUCAGUUUUAGCAAUAUCAACGGAGUUAUAACUCACACAUAGUACAAAUUCAUAAACCACAUCAGUCCAUUUCUAUAUUCAGCUCACAAAACCACCUUCAUUAAAUUGUGUUUAACGGUA